CGGGCGAGGAUGGCGGGUUUUUGACAGUAUCCGCGUUUGUAAUGAAAGGGCGGUGUUUCGCCUUCUCGUUUUACAAGAACCUUCGCUAUACUUAUUUUCUAACUUUCUUAAAAAACGACGAAAAACAUCCACAUCAUUAACUUCGUAGCGAUGAGCGAUGUUACGACAGCAACACAGUCGUCGUGGUGAUAAUUUAAAAUAAACUAGUCUGAAGUAGUAAUUAAUACAGACGACGUAAUAGCGGCGGUUCGAAGGAAUUCUGUGCCGAUACGAUGGAGAAUAGAUGAAAGAUGUAGAGGCGCGUGAAGCAUGAAUGGCGAACUAAGACUAAUGGUACAACAUGCAAUGGAUGCAUGUCAUGACAGAAGAUUUAGAGAAGAAAAAGCGGCCAGCAUCGAGGAGGAGGCUGUACGUGGAGAAAUCCGAGCGACACGUUCAAAUUAUUAUAAUUAUAAUAUAUCUCAAUAAUUAUUAGAGAUAGUAGUGGCGGCGCAAGGAACGAGGAGCCAUGGCAUGGAUGAGAUUGAGAAAAUGAAAAAGAGAAAGUGAGGAGAAAUAUUUUCUCCCGACGCCCGAAUUGAACGGAGAGAAAGAGAGCUCGGCGUGGCUCCAUGGAGGCCCCCCCUGCUCUGAAUUUCACUCUGAUGGGAGGUGGCGGCAAAGAAGAGGAAGCACAUCCGCUGUGCCUACAGCCUGCUACGGCCGACACCCGCCCCUCCAAGCGCUCUGGCACCCCCAGCACUGAGCGACUCAAUGGCACCCCUGUGUUGACCUGCCCCACUUCCCUCACCCUCCCCAACAUCCUGUGUGCUGCCAGUGCGCCGUCGGCAUCCCGCCAGGGCAGCCAGCCCAGCCUGGGUGACGAGGGCUUGCCCGCUGUUGGUGGGCUCCUUCCUUCCACCUACUCAUCCUACUGUGAGCGGGAGCGGGACUGGGGUACUCGACAUCGGCAGGCCAGCCCGCUGGUACACCGUCGCGACAGUAACCCCUUCACUGAGAUCGCCAUGAGCUCCUGCAAGUACACCGGGGGUGUCGUGAAGCCGCUAAGCCGACUCAGCGCAUCUCGGAGGAAUCUCAUCGAGUCCGAUGGGGGCCCGGAGCCCCAAGAGGGUGCGACCAGUUCUCGAGACAAAGGGGUAGCACCCCAGCUGCAGAAUCCUCCCGAAAUUGUCAUCUCCUCCAAAGAGGACCUGCGCCAUGGGUAUGACUGUACUUCUGCCUCUAACCACACCCUGUCUAACAGCCAGGGAGCACUCAGGAGCACAGGGGGCAUUACUAGCCGGGGAAGCACCACAGGAGGGAGCACAGGUAAAGGUGGCACCACUCGAAAGGCUUCAAAAAGGAAGAACCAGAACAUUGGUUACAAGUUGGGCCACAGGAGGGCGCUGUUUGAGAAAAGGAAGCGGCUGAGUGACUACGCGCUAAUUUUUGGGAUGUUUGGCAUCGUGGUCAUGGUCAUCGAGACGGAGCUCUCCUGGGGUGUCUACAGCAAGAGCUCUAUGUACUCUCUGGCUCUGAAAUGUCUCAUCAGCCUGUCUACGGUGGUCUUGUUGGGACUCAUCAUCGCCUAUCAUGCCCGAGAAGUGCAGCUCUUCCUCAUUGACAAUGGAGCAGAUGACUGGCGUAUCGCCAUGACAACAGAGCGAGUACUGCUGAUUGCCUUGGAGCUGCUCGUGUCGGCAGUCCACCCGGUGCCUGGUGACUUCACGUUUCACUGGCGGGCGCGGCUGGCCUUCUCCUACACACCGUCGCUUGCGAAGGCCGAUGUGGACAUGGUGCUUUCAGUGCCCAUGUUCUUGCGACUCUACCUCAUCGCUCGCGUAAUGUUGCUGCACAGCAAGCUGUUCACUGAUGCCUCAUCACGGAGCAUCGGGGCCCUAAACAAGGUGCACUUCAACACGCGGUUUGUGAUGAAGACCUUGAUGACCAUCUGUCCUGGGACUGUGCUACUAGUCUUCAGCAUAUCCCUGUGGAUCAUUGCAGCUUGGACUGUGCGUGUCUGUGAGAGGUACCACGAUGCACAAGAUGUAACCAGCAACUUCCUGGGGGCCAUGUGGCUGAUCUCCAUUACCUUCUUGUCCAUUGGCUAUGGAGACAUGGUUCCGCACACCUACUGUGGCAAGGGUGUCUGCCUGCUCACUGGCAUUAUGGGUGCUGGCUGUACAGCGUUGGUGGUUGCUGUGGUGGCCAGAAAGCUGGAGCUGACCAAGGCAGAGAAACAUGUUCACAACUUCAUGAUGGACACCCAGCUCACCAAGAGAAUAAAGAAUGCAGCAGCCAACGUGCUCAGGGAGACCUGGCUCAUCUACAAACACACCCGCUUGGUGAAGAAGAUUGACCAUGCCAGGGUGCGCAAGCACCAGAGGAAGUUUCUGCAGGCCAUUCACCAACUACGCAGUGUAAAGAUGGAGCAGAGGAAGCUCAAUGAUCAAGCGAACAUGUUGGUGGACCUCUCCAAGAUGCAGAGCGUGAUGUACGAGCUGAUGUCGGAGCUCAGCGAGAGAAGCGAAGACCUGGAACGGCAGAUGCUGGGUCUAGAGCGCCGUGUGGAGCAGCUGACAGCUGGCUUCAGCGCUUUGCCUGCCCACCUGUCCGCCACACUCUCUGCCCAGCACAGUGCCUUGCUGCAGCAGUUGCAGAAUCGGCCCCGGGGCGGAGGGCCCAAGAGUGAGGGCAGCCCCAACACGAGCUCCUCCAGCUGUUGAAGCAGAAGUAUGAAGGGCUGUGGACAAACCUUAGCGGUGGGCAGAUGCAAUACAACCUUUUCCAGGGCAAGUCUUAGGUGAAAAUAGAUGGAGUAUAAACUCCUCCAACCGAGGAUGGGCAGGCUCAAGAAUUUUGGGCCAGUCUUAGAGGAGACUCGGUCCAGUAUAACCCCCCUCCAGCAGUUGAUGGACACCACCAGACAGAUAAUUGGGAAGUCUUGGGGAAACUAGGUAUUGUAGGUAUAAGCUAAUCUAGUUCCUGAGAAGGAUGGGCCUGAGAUGAAAGGCAUUCUUAGAAUAAGCUCCUUCAUCUUUGGAUAAACCAAAAAAUGGCUGAGGCAAGGUAGAGCAGAAGAGUGGACUAACAGCCUAGCAAACCCUGGACAAGCUGAGAGGGAUACAGCAAAGUUAUUUAAAAACAUGCUUGGAACUAGCUUCUGGACUGGGAGGGAGGACCAAACCAGGAGAGUGUAGGACAGUCAUGUAGACUGAGACCGAAAUAUGGGGAAGAUACAGAGCAUAAACUUUUCAAUUAUAACAGUUCAGUCUGUCUUUUGUUGGAGGUCAGCCAUCCCUUUAACAAAGGAAUAUUUAGCACUCUCUUUUUUUCUGAAACCUAGAAACAAUGCUGUUAAAAUCUGUGAAAAAAUACUGUUUGCUCUUUUAAUCAGCCUGCUUUAUACC